AUGUUGCUCUCCACAACGACGCGAGCCCUGUGGAUAUAUCUCUUUUUCUCUUUCUGUUUUUCUUUCUUUCUUUUUCUUAUUCUCUUUCUUUCUUUCUUUUUCUUUAUCUCUUUCUUUUUCUUUCUUUUUUUUUCUUUUUCUCUUUCUUUUUCUUUUUUCUUUCUUUCUUUUUCUUUUUCUUUCUUUCUUUUUCUUUAUCUCUCUCUUUUUCUUUUUUCUUUCUUUCUUUUUCUCUUUCUUUCUUUUUCUUUUUCUCUUUCUUUCUUUCUUUUUCUUUAUCUCUUUCUUUUUCUUUCUUUUUUUUUCUUUUUCUCUUUCUUUUUCUUUUUUCUUCCUUUCUUUUUUCUUUUUUCUUUCUUUCUUCUUCUUUUUAUUUCUUUCUUUUUCUCUUUCUUUCUUUUUCUUUUCUCUUUCUUUUUUCUUUCUUUUUCUUUAUCUCUUUCUUUUUCUUUCUUUCUUUUUCUUUUUUCUUUUUUUCUUUUUCUUUCUUUCUUUCUUUCUUUCUCUUUCUUUUUCUUUUUUUCUUUCUUUUUCUCUUUCUUUCUAUCUUUCUUUUUCCUUUUCUUUUUCUCUCUCACUUACACACACUCUCUCUCUCUCUUCAGUGCCAUUCUUUUCUUCGUUUUAAAUAUUCUCAGGAUAUCUUUUUCUUUUUCUUUUUCUUUAGUCAUCUAUUUCUUUUUAACUUUACUGCUUUUUUUUUCUCGCGUUCGUUUUUCCAUCAUUUUUAUUUUUUUUGUAUCCUCUUCUUUUUAUUUCUUUUCUUGUUUACUUGUCUUCUUAUCGCUUAUAUCAUUUUUUUUAUUCGUCUUUAGCUACCAACUCUCCUCCUCAACGCUAAAAGCAGUUAAGUUGCCCAUUUUUAGCUUAUGUUGUCUUUUACUAAUAACUUUACACAAAACAUAUCAACCCCCCUCUCACUGUAUCUCUCUAUCUCUAUCUCCCUCUCUAUCUCUAUCUCACUCUCUCUCUCUCUCUCUCUCUCUCUCUCUCUCUCUCUCUCUCUCUCUCUCUCUCUGA